AUGAAAAAGAUUAAUGAUAAUAAGAGUUCUGGCGGAAGAGUUGAAUUAGAAGUGAAUGAUGUUAAUGAGAAAUUAGCCGAAAAAGCAGAUAAAAACCACGUUCAUUAUAUAACUUCAGACGAACAGAUUAUAACGGACUACCAUGGAUAUUUAACACGAAGUGAUGAAGCGAAGACAAAAAAUGUUAAUGAAAGAAGAUAUAAAUACAUUCGUGCUAAAGGUUAUGACAUAAGCUGUACUGUACAGUAUGAUGUAGCUAAAGCACCAGAAGCAUUUGGUUAUACCGGUGAAAUUUAUGCCUCUACUUUCAAUGUUAACGGUGUAUUAGUUGAACCAAGAUUUACUUUGAGAGUUAAGGCAAAAAUAACUUUUGAAGAUGCUAUUAAAAGUAAAGCUGACAAAGAUGAACUUGACGCAACGAACAAAGUUUUGAAAUCUCAUAAACACAAUAUCUCCGAUAUAAAUGAACUUCAAGCUACAUUAAAUAGUAAAGCUGACAAGAACCAUACACAUAAAUCCUUCACUACUGUUAGAGCAGACGACAUAAUAUUGAACUAUACCCUCGGUUCAAGUGCACCUUUAGAGAAUCCAAGUACAAGCGUAAAAGAUACACUAAACAAUUUAGAUAACAGUUGCAGGAAUAUCGAAGAUCAUGCCAGAAACUUUGAAGCAUAUGAACUACCAACAAUGUUAGAUAAGAAAGCUGACAAAACAGAGCUUCAACCAUUAAAGACUGAAAUACUUCAAACAUUAUAUCCUGUUGGUUCUAUUUAUACGUCAAUGAAUUCAACAAAUCCAGAAACAGUUUUAGGUUUUGGUACGUGGAAGCAGAUUGUAGAUAAAUUCUUAUACUGUGCUAGAUAUUCAAAGCAAACAGGAGGUUCGAAGAAAAUUAAAGAAGCAAACCUUCCACCGCACACUCAUACAGGAACUACAAACACAACAGGUAGUCAUUCACAUUCAAUAACAAAAAGAGGUUAUACAAAUCUUGCAGCAGGUUCGGAUAGACAGGGAAUGAAUAGAUAUGAUAUUUCAAGUGACCCAGUAGAUUCAGGCGCA